UCGUGAAAGCUUAUCUGUGAAAAUGGAGAAAAUUAACAGAAAAUCAUCGGCUCGCGCUUCGAUAAAGCUUGGAGAGCUCAACUACACGCCGGUGCUGAUCGCGUUAGCUGUAGUGCUUCUAACACUUGUUGUGCUGUUCCUAUGGAAACGCAAGAAAACCGAGCGAUCCGCAGUGCUGCUCACCGGCUUGUGUGACUCGGGAAAGACGUGCCUGUUUACGAACUUAAUGUUGGGUGGGGUACGCGAAACGUUCACAUCGAUUAAGGAAAACGUCGGGUUCUUCAAGACGGAAAAGGGACGGGAACUGAAGGUGGUUGAUGUCCCCGGGCACGAACGAUUGAGGAGCAAGUUUUUCGAUGAAUAUAAAAACGUCGCCAAGGCUAUAGUUUACGUGAUCGAUAGCGUAUCUGUUCAGAAGGACAUCCGAGACGUAGCCGACUUCCUGUAUACUAUCCUUGCGGAUAAGGCAACGACCAAGAUUCCAGUAGUCGUACUGUGCAACAAGCAAGAUGAAACAUUGGCUAAAAGCGAAUCGGCUAUCAAAAGCAUGCUGGAAAAGGAAAUCAAUAUUGUCCGACAGACCAGAAAAAGCCAGUUGCAAUCAGUCGAUAACAGCUCAUCUUCGGAGACGUUUUUGGGUAAAUCUGCUGGAGUUGAUUUCGACUUUGAGCAGGUCGGUCAGAGGAUACGCUUCGUUCCGUGUUCGGCAAAGGAGGAAGAUUAUAACGGACUGACGACAUUCCUGGAAGGCCUGUGAAUUAAUCGCGUUUGUUUCCACAUCAUUUUGCCUUCUCAUUAAUUUUUAUAUGCGUGUACGUAAUAUGAUUGUUAAAAUAAAAAAAAAUACCUG